AUAAAGUGUUUAGAGCUUAGACUCCCUCAAUCAAAACAAGAAAUGAGAUAAAUAGAGAAACAGAAUAGAUAUAUGAAGUCAUAAACUAAACCUUCUCAUCUUGAAAUCCUGAACAACAAAAAAAUGAUAAUGAAAAUGCAUCCAUCUCUCCUCCUCUUCUCAGUCCUCCUAAUUCUCCCACUCUCCGGCGCCUUGCCGCCGCCAUUCCAGCACCUCCCCUUCCCCACGAGCCGCCUCUCCGCCGAACCCCAAAAAGUAAUCGAAGUGAGCCGCCCCCUCCCCUUCGACUCCCUGACCCCCGCGUGCAGCCUCCCCCUCCUCAACCACAGCUUCGGCAACACCUUCAACCUGCCCCCCACCACCGCCAACUACUCCGCCCCCCUCAACUGCACCUGGUCCAACGCCGUCCUCCAUUUCUCCGGCUCCUCCAAUGGCACCCAGUACGACCGCAUCGCCGCCGUCUGGCUCGCCGGCGUCGAGCUCCUCCGCACCAGCACCCCCGAGGCCACCCCUCAGGGCAUCUCCUGGAGCUUCAACAAGGACGUCACCCGCUACUCCGCCCUCUUCCGCCGCUCCAACCUCACCCUCUCCGUCAUGCUCGAGAACAUCGUCGACGACGUCUACACCGCCAGCUUCCAAAUCAACGUCACCCUCCUCUUCUACAACAUCAACACCCCAACCAAUAAUCGCCGCUCACUGAAAUCGACCGCCAGCAAACUCAAAUACAGCCGCCCGCUGUCGUUCGUGCCGAACGCGUCGCUCGAACUGGACAAAGUCCCCGCCGAUUUGAUCAUCCCGGUGUCGGGCGCCGGAGACGAAGGGUUCUGGUUCAAAAUCCAGAGCGCGAACGACGCCGUUUACCAGGGGAUCCAAAUCCCUAACAACACGUACAGAGCCGUGAUUGAGGUGUACGUCUCCGCCCACGGCGACGACGAGUUCUGGUACACGAACCCCCCGGAUUACUACAUCGAAUCCAACGGCUUGAACAUCACGCGCGGCCACGGCGUCUACCGCGAGGUUCUCGUCAAGCUCGACGACAAUGUCGUCGGAUCAGUGCUCCCCUUCCCUGUUAUCUUCACCGGCGGUAUAAAUCCCUUAUUUUGGAAUCCAAUCGUGGCCAUCGGCGCCUUCAAUCUGCCUUCCUACGAAAUCGAGCUCACUCCAUUUCUAGGUAUGCUGCUCGACGACAAACCUCACUACUACGGAUUCGGAGUGGCCGACGCGAUCCCCUUCUGGCUGGUGGACGCCAAUCUGCACCUAUGGCUAGACGACGGCCCGGUUAAGGUCCGGGCCGGCCCGAUCAAGUACAGCGACCCGAACAACUGCGUCGAGCGCGAGUCCAGCUUCGCCCAGCUCGACGGAAAAUUCGAGACGGAGGGGGAGAGGGAAACGGAAUUCUCCGGCUGGGUGUAUUCCAGCGCCGGAAACCUAACCACUCGCGUCGUCACCAAGCUCGAAUUCGACAACGAGAUCAACUACAAGAGCAACGGCACGAUCGUGAAGGUGGAGCAUGAGGUGACCGUGAAGAAGCAGAUCGAGAUAUCGAUACCAUCCAAGGGCACGGUGGCGAGCUUCAGCGUGGAGUCCAAGUACCCGCUGGAGCUGAAGACGACGUCGACGGCCGGAUCUGGGCCGGAGAAUUACCUCGUGGCGACGGAGCUGGAGGUGGCGUACAAGGAGGAGAAGAAGAUAGACCAUUUCGAGAGCAAGCUGGAGAACAAGCAGGAGAGCAGCGGGUGGAUGUUCGUACACGGCAACAACGUGCUGUCCGGCGCCGGAACCACAAAGCAGACUUACACGGUGCAGGAUAGCCUCGGCUGCUAUACUCGGAAGAUAUCGGCCGACGACGGCGCCAUCGUCAAAGACGCCGAGAACUUCCUCUGCGGUGCAGCGCAUGUUUCUGGAUCCGCAGCCCAGAAUUGAGAGUGCUUAUGUUUGAUUUGUUUUUGUUAUUAGCUUAUGAUGAUGAUGAUUCAGUAAUUUUAAAUUUCGGAGGUUUGUGUUAUCGUUAAAUGAGAUUGUUUUCAGUUUUAAUC